CUCGGUACAGUUCACUACUCACUCUCAUUCACACGGAGCACUCUCAGGGCUCAGGAUGGUCAAGGUGUUCGCUGUGCUCUCCCUGUUGGCGCUGUGCUGCUCCAUGGCACUGGGGGAAGACUUAAGGUUUCCAGUUGAUGAUGAUGAUGGAUCUGCCGAUGAUGAAGACUACUCUGGCUCAGGAUUCGAAGAUCCAUUUAUAUUUCCAUCAGAAGUGGAAAAUGAACAUUCUGGGUCCAUAUCCACUGUAAUUCCCAUCAAUGUGCAGGAACCUACAGAACCAGAUCUAAGAAAUGCAACCGUAGCUGGUGUAGAAGCUACCACAAAAUCCAUGGACACAACCAAGCAGCAGGAAGAUGUUAUGGUAAAGAUAAAUCAGCCUGAUUUGUCGGUGAUUCUGGCAGAAGAACCAACUUCUGAAGCGAAAACACACAUGCCUACGCCAGAGGUACACGUAACCACUAGCAUAAUGGAAGUUGUUCACCACCAUAAAACCACAUUAAAUCCUACUGAAGCUGUUUUGCCUGAUAAGAUCCACCAUGGACAUCAUGGUUCUCAUGCCAAAGCACAUACAAGCCCACCUAGUGAUGGGGAGUUCAUGGUGCAUCAUACAUUCACAACGUCAAGCCCAGACCAGGCAAAAGAUUCCAUUCAUCAUCACAUUCACCAUCAAGAAACUCCAUCUAGCACUCCACGUGCAAAUGAAGCAGAAACUGAGUUGACUUAUGUUGAAGAUCCUAUUUUUGUUGAUUUGGAUAAAAAACAAACUACAAAGAGCCCUACAAUUGAUGAUUCUCAUGUGCAUCAAGAUGAGCAAACUACCAAGGCUUCAUCAUUUGUAGAAGACACUGAAGAUCACUAUGGUGAAGCAACGACAAGUCCUGCACAUGAUGUGGAAGUUAAUGAGGAUGAUGUUCACCAUAUAGCAGUAACUACAAGCUCGGCUCAAAAUGUGGACAUCCAAACGGGUGUAGUUCAACAUGAUGCCUUGACUACAAGUCCAACGCACUAUGUGGAAUCUAAAGAGGAGGCCUCAACACCUGCUGAUGAUGUUGACAAACAUCACAAACACCAUGGUGGUCAUCAUCAUCAUUCUACAACUACUACACACCAAACUACAACUUCUAAUGUAACCGUUGGUGCUCCAGUUUCCAGUGGAGAUCUUCACAUAUCUGGUGAUACACGUCACAAAGGCAGAUUCUUUCAUAGACCAGAGGAUCACCCGGUAGAAACGUCAACCCACACACCUGAUGAUCAGCAUCCUAUAGUACCAGAUGAAAAUGAUGAUGUUUCUGAUACGAAGGAGGACGGAGAAUCUGGGGAUGAUAAAGAGAAUGUAGAUCUGUAUUUUGAGGGCACUGCUCCAAAUGUGCAUGCUGUGGAUCCAAAAGAUAGAAGUGUCGACAGUGAAGGCAGUCCUGACGCAUCUCAUGGGAUAAUGGAGAGGAAAGAGCUUUUAGCAGGAAUCAUUGCAGGUGGUGCUGUUGGUUUGAUAUUCGCUGGGUUUUUGGUUGGAUUUGUGUUGUAUAGAAUGAAGAAGAAAGACGAAGGAAGCUACUCUUUGGAGGAACCAAAACAAUCAAAUGGGGGAUAUCAGAAGCCACGUGAACAGAAAGAGUUCUAUGCAUAAGCUGCCAUGUAUCUUCAAUUAGAAAUCUGGCUAUUUGUCUUUUAUUUUACGAUUCUUUCCACAGUACUCAAUCUGUGGCUUUUGUUGGCAAGCUAGCGAAAUGUGAGACAAGCCAUAAUCUUACUCUGACUGUUGAUCCGGCCACGAAAAGUCAGAAAACAAAGAUUUUCUACACAUCCCUUGUCUGUUUGUGUGUGGUUUAAAGAUUGAUUUGGACUAUGGACAGAGGAUAUGUAUUCGGCUUGUUGAGGAGAAUGUUGCUUUAAAUUGUUUGCCCAGUUACAUCCUACUGAAGACUGUAUCAUUCCUCUAGUGCCUUUCACUAUAAAUGUGUGUAUAUACUAGUUAAGAGUUGUUUAUUUUUUUUUCUUUGUUUUUUUUUUUUGUACAUUUUGUUUGGUUUUGGGGGAAGAAGGGGGUUGCUGUUUGUUUUUUGUUUUUUUUUAUAUAUAUAUAAAGACAAAUGAUGGUACAAAUCUAGCCUGCUUAUUCAACGUUCCGAAUUAUAGCACUUAAGCAGCAAGUAUCACUGAUGCACAAAAUGGACUAUUUAACAAAGCAUAUCUCUAGCUAUGAGAGGACUGUGACUCAGUGAUGUUUAGUGACACCUGAUGCGCUUCUAUUUUACGAUCAAGCGGUAUGUGGGAAAUUUCUGUUUUUUUUUUUUUUUUUGUUUUGGUUCCUUCACUUGAACGUUAAACUGCCACCAUUUAUUUAUUCACUUUAACUUUUGUAGAUUUUAUUUUUUCCUCCCCCUCCCGUUUUUAAUAGUGUGUAUAUGUGAAGAGUUGACGAUCCAGGUCAUUGGAUGAAUGUGCAUCUGUAAUCACCAUUUUAUUGCCAAACCUUUACCGUUUUUUGUUUUUGGUAUUUUUUUCCCUUUUCUUUUCAUUGCACUAUUCAUUCAGAUCAGAAGGCAUUGAUUUGUGUUGGUGAAGGUAGGAGGGGGCACUGGCAUACCUUUCUGUAUCCUAAAGAACAAAGUGACCCAGCAUGAUUUAAAUAGGAAGAAUUCAUAUUCUGGUAUUUUGUAUUUUUAUUUUGCAUACCAUAGGAAUAAAGCCUUCUUCAAUGUCUCCUUUGCAUCCCCUCAAUUUUCAGUAACACAUUCAGUGAUCACAUGGGAACAAUACUAGUAGACUUUAUUUUUCUCUUCAAUCUCUUCUAUGUAUAAGAUGAGACUCCUACGGUUUUCUUUGUGUUUUUAGUAUUUUUAUUUAGUUCGUUGUCUCUAGUAACGUGACUUGAAAGUAAGCAUGAAUGUAUCAGAAGUUUCAAUAGUAUGUGCCUUUCCUGCUAUAGGACUCGGUUUAU